CUUUUUAGUGUGCCCGAGAAGCCGCGAAAGCUUUCGAUAUUUUUAUCAAACCGGGCGUUGAGUUUUUCCCCAAUCCUCGCAAGUCAUCUCAACACUACUCCAUAAGUUGUCAGAAUCCGCUCAAGGAUUCUGAAGACAUCAGGAGCAGCAGCGGGAACAUGAAGACGGCUGUGCUGGGCGCCGGUCUGAGCGGCCUUUCCGCCGGCUACUAUCUGUUGCGCCGGUUCGGCAAGCCGCUGACCAUCUACGAGGCCCUACCGCGGGUCGGGGGCUGGGUGCGGUCGGAGAACCGCAAGGAUGGUAACUUCAUUUUCGAGAGCGGACCGCGAACCAUUCGGCCCGUGGGAGAGGCUGGAGCCAAUACCUUGGAGCUGGUGGAGGAGCUCAAACUGGCGGUGAAGCCCAUUCCACGCAGUCAUGUGGCUGCCCGCAAUCGGAUGUUGUAUGCGAAGGGACAACUGUGUCUUCUGCCCAACGGACCCAAGGGUCUCUUCGGUGUCCUGCCGCCCUUCACCAAGCCGCUGUACAAGGCGCUGCUGCGGGAUCUGUUCACCAAAAGCACACCGGUCAAGACGGGUGACGAGAGCAUCUACAGCUUCGUGGAGCGCCGGUUUGGCAAAGAGAUCGCCGACUACGCCAUCAGCCCCAUGAUCUGCGGCAUUUGUGCGGGGAACGCCCAAGAGAUUAGCGUCCGCUUUUUAAUGGAAGGUCUCUUUGAAAAGGAGCAGAAGUACGGUGGUGUGCUCAAGGGGACCCUCUAUGCGCUCUUCCAAAACAAAGAGAAAGACUCCAAGGAGGGGUUGUUCGCCCAGGGGCAGCCCAAGCUGUAUACGCAGGCGCUGCAGGAGAAGUGGGCCAUGUACGGCCUGCAGGGUGGCCUGGAGAUCCUGCCACGCACCAUGCGAAAGUACCUGGUGGAGAGGGAUGUCAACGUACAGCUGAGCAACGAGUGUCGGAACCUGUCCUUCAACAGCUCUGGCGCCCAGAUGACCAUCAAAGAUGCGGAAGUGCCGGUGGAGCAUGUGGUCAGUGCCCUGCCAGCUCACAAGCUGGCGCCUCUUGUAAAACAGCAGCAUCCCUCGCUGUGCGCCGAGCUCUUGGAGAUUCCUUACGUUGACGUUGUGGUGGUGAACCUGCAGUUCCAGGGCAACCUCCUUAAGCAGGAUGGAUUUGGUCUGCUGGUGCCGCCCGUAGAAAAACUGCCCAUUCUGGGCGUAAUCUUUGACAGCUGCUGCUUCGACAUGGGCGGAAACACGAUCCUCACCGUGAUGAUGGGCGGCCACUGGUUCGAGCAAUGGUUCGGCAAUCGUCCCAGCCAGAAGCAGAUCCUCGACCUGGCCACUAGCCAUGUACAGAAGAUUCUGCAGAUCAGCGAGGAGCCCAAGUUUAGCCGCAUUCACACACUGCACAAGUGUAUCCCGCAGUACACGGUUGGCCACAAGCGGCGCGUGGAGAGCAUUAGAAACUAUAUCAAGUUCUUCAAGUUGCCUUUGUCGCUCUGCGGAGCCGCCUACGACGGUGUGGGCAUUAACGACGUCAUCCUGUCCGCCAGACGUCAGGUGGAGGCAAUGCAAUAGCGGAGCAGGCAGUGUCCUGGUUUGGUUUAAGCUUACUUAGCUGACAUGCCCCAAAAUCCCAUUAUUCCACAUUUCUUUUCGUUUGUUACUUGUUUUAAUAUUAUAAAUCUGUACAUA